AUGUAUCGUUCAAUCUCUGUCGUCUUGUUUUUGGCAUUCCUGUCGCCACAGAUCUCUGCUUUGUAUGGCAAUUGUGACUCAUGUAUAUCCUUGCUCAGAGAUGUGCAGAAGUCGCUUCCAGGAGUCCUGAUAUUUACUGAGGCAACGCUUCACGCCACAAUUGAAGCAGUUUGCGGGAAUACCAUACUGAUGCUGAAGGACAUAUGUGUCCAGUUUGAAACAGGCAUGGUUCAUGAACUAUUCAAAUGGAUCAACCAAAUGGAGCGAAAGAUUGACCCAGCAAGAGAAUGUGUUUUCCUACGGUUCUGUCCACAAUCCAGCACUCCAUCACUUCAAACAUCUCGUCAUAAUUCCACUCCAAUUUUGUAG